AUGUCACCGGCACCGCCAGCGAGCACGAUGCAGGAGGAGCCCGUAGCGUCGACGAGUCAGUCGGGCGAUCUGACACUCAAGAUCCUGCCCAAUCUCGACAGGCACCUCGCUCUACCCUUGCUCGACUUUCUCGACGGUCACUCUGAGGACACGACGAACGGGACGACAAACGGCGACGACGAAGACGUGCCUCACUAUGACCAUGCGGAUAUCCUCAAGGCCAAGAUCGACCUCCUCCGUCCGACGAAGAUGGUCACUUACUCUGAGAACCUCGAAAAGGAGCUCGGUCAGACGACGAUGAGUGAGGAGGAGUACAGACAGAGAGAGGCAGCCGUCUUGAAGGAGCUGGAAGAGUACGAGAAGGAAGCGAGCGGAGUGAUGGACAUCAUCUCCAAUCCCCAGGUCUUCCAAUCGCUCAAGCAGGACAAGAUGCAAAAUCUCAUCUUUCUCAAGGAACAACACAACUUGACCGUGGACCAGAUUGGUAUCCUGUACAAGUUUGGCAGGUUUCUCUACUCUGUAGGACGAUACGACUCGGCAGGCGACUACCUCUACCAUUUCCGCGUACUCACACCGGACUCGGAGCUGCUGACUUCCGCCCUCUGGGGCAAGCUGGUCUCCAACAUCCUCGAAGGCAACUUCGACGCCGCUCUAGAAGAGACCAAGCUCCUCAAGGACAACAUCGACGAACACUUCCGAUGGGAAUCGCGUAACUCGCUGCAGGGCCUUCAGCAACGAACCUGGCUUCUUCACUGGUCGCUCUUUGUCUUCUUCAACCACGAGCAAGGCCGAGAAGAGUUGUUAGACACUUGGCUAGCGCAGACCGCCAUCCAGCUACCUUCUUCAGGUCAAUCGCACUACAUCCAGUUUUACCUACCGACCAUACAGACCAAUGCACCCUGGCUGAUCCGCUAUCUUGCUGCCGCCGCCAUCUUGGCGAACCCAAAGAAGAUUGCUUUCAAGAGCAACUCGCAGUCACAUCUUGGUCCCAAUUCUCGCAUACAAACGAGAGAACACCUAGGCGAAGUCGUCAUCGCCGUGCUAAGCCAGGAGACUUACCAGUACAAGGACCCGAUCACCGAGUUCCUCCGGUUGCUCUUUGUCGACCUUGACUUCGAAGGCGCAGCAGAGCAACUGGCGAGGUCUACAAAGAUCAUCAAGUCUGAUUUCUUCCUCGUCGAUUUCCUGGACGAGUUCCAACAGCGCGCGCGACAGCUCUUCAGCGAAGCCUACUGCCGCGUCCACCAUCGUAUUGACAUUGCGGACCUAUCCAGUCGAUUGGGCUUGUCCAGCGAUGAGGGUGAAAAGUGGAUUGUCACCCUUAUCCGCGAUGCUCGCCUAGAUGCCAAGAUUGACUUUAAGGAGGGUGCUGUCUACAUGAACAAGCAAUACACAACAGCGAGUCAAGCCGUCAUCGACAAGACGAAGUCGUUCCUAGAUCGUUCGGCUCGAUUGGCCCAGGCCAUCGAUCCUUCUGCCGGCUCGGAUGGCCAGCAACCCUCUUUCCGUGGCGGGAGAGGGGGCAGAGGAGGUUCAGUAGGACGAGGAGGUGCUUCGGGCAGAGGGAGGGGUGCUCCCAGGGAUGCUUCGGCCGUGUCUCAGUCUGUCGAGGCAUGA